CGAGAAACCACACGAUCUUUUGGAGUGAACUCUGUCCAACUCUCUCUUGUGUCGCACAUGAAGCCCCUGAAGUUUCCCCAUCGCUCGCACGGAGACUGUCUUCCUUCAUGAGCAAAAAAGGGUCUGAUUAGAGGGAUCAUGAAGUUUGCUGAGCGCUCUCUGACAGCUUCAUUCACUCCUCUUUGUUCAAAUGUCCUUAAAGACAAAAGCAGAUUCCCAUUUGCCCUAUUCCAGAGGAAGUUGAACAAAUCAAGGAGCCCCUCCGCUUAUACUCAAAAAAAGCAACCAUUUUCCAAUGCUGUGAUGGCUGUAGGGCCCUAUCUUCCUCCUCGGUUUAGUGUUGCUCCGAUGAUGGAUUGCACAGAUAAUCAUUAUAGGACUCUUGCCCGGCUCAUAUCCAAACAUGCAUGGCUCUACACAGAGAUGAUUACAGCUGAAACAAUUGUUUACCAGAAGGAUAAUCUGGACAGAUUCUUGGCAUAUUCUCCAGAACAACAUCCUAUUGUGCUUCAGAUUGGAGGGAGUAACUUGGAAAGCCUGGCAAAAGCAACUGAACUUGCUAAUGAAUACCACUAUGAUGAAAUCAAUUUUAAUUGUGGAUGUCCCAGUUCAAAAGUAGCUGGACAUGGAUGCUUCGGUGUUCGUCUUAUGCUUGAUCCAAUGUUUGUUGGGGAAGCCAUGUCAGUUGUUGCUGCCAAUACAGAUGUUCCUGUUACUGUCAAGUGUCGAAUUGGUGUCGAUGAUCAUGAUUCAUAUAAUGAGCUCUGUGAUUUUAUCUACAAGGUUUCUUCUCUAUCACCAACUAGACAUUUCAUAAUACAUUCGAGGAAGGCCCUCCUCAAUGGCAUUAGCCCAGCUGAAAAUCGAAGUAUUCCUCCCUUAAAAUAUGAGUACUUUUAUGGUCUCUUGCGGGACUUUCCAGACUUAAGAUUUACAAUCAAUGGAGGCAUAACUUGCAUUGGUGAGGUCAAUGCAGCUAUAAGGGCAGGAGCUCAUGGUGUAAUGAUUGGACGUGCUGCAUACAACAACCCUUGGCAUACUUUGGGACAUGUUGAUUCUGCAAUUUAUGGUAAACCAAGCAGCGGUCUUACACGUCGUCAGAUUCUAGGGAAGUAUCAAGUGUAUGGAGAUUCUGUUUUGGGAAAGUAUGGACAGAAACCAACUGUUCGGGACGUUGUGAAGCCUUUACUCCAUCUUUUCUAUUCAGAGCCUGGGAAUGGUCUGUGGAAGCGCAAAGCUGACACUGCUUUCCAGCAUUGCACGACAAUAAAGUCAUUUUUUGAGGAAACCCUCGUGGCGAUUCCCGACUUUGUCUUGGAUUCACCAGUUGGAGAGACGCCAGUUGGUCGUGAUGAGCUUUUUGCAGAUAUACAUAGUUUAUUACCCCCUCCAUAUGAAGUGAGAGAACAGGAGUUACUGCAUGCUUAAUUUCUGUAUCUAUUUAUGUCCAUCUUUUUUCGAACGAGACCUGAUUCGUCUCGUUUAACAUGUGUCAAAUUCAUCUGUGAAUAUAUAAUCACAAUUAUGUUACCAAUAUCAGCAUAUUGGAGUGACUUCCAUUUGAAUGUUUA